UUCUGUUUUUAGUAUAAAUAGUGUGCCUUCAUUCUAGAAAAAGUCAUACCCUGUGAAGAAGAAAUGACAAUGAUUGCAGCAUUGAUUUUACUAACAGUCACACCACUUGUGAUGUGUGCUGUCCAAGUCAUGAAUGAUGCCGGUUUAAAAGAUGUCGACAUUGAGACAAGAAGAGAAGUCCUUGGUAAAAUCGUUGACAAAUUAAAUUCAAUAGCUUUGAUGCAAAGGUCUCUUAUUGACGGAUGUGAAGAAAAAAUUAACAAUACUGUAGACGAAUGUAACACAUGUAGGCAAGAUCUAUGCCAAGCUACACCAUCAGUAGAUAAAGUAGUGUUACAUAUGUUGUCCACGGGUGCUAAUACAGCAAUAGCAUUUGCGGGAACAGCUUUAGAGGACGCUGGUAAAUGGUUCAAAAACUCCGGUGAUUGGAUGGGAGAUCAAGCAGGGUUAUUUGCAAAUAAACUCUCAAACCUUGCAAAUACCAUUGCUGAUCAGUUAGAGAGAUCAGGACAAGCAGAAUUGAACAAACUGAGCGCCGGAUUUAAAAAUCUAGGACAAGAUUUUAAAAAUGUUGGCGAUAAAAUAAAUAAGGCCCUGGGGAAUCCUUUGGGAGGAUUUAUGAAUCUUGGAAAGGGAAUCGCAAAUCUCGACAAUUACAUCGGAACUGCCUUAUCUUGAGUUAACAACCUUUUGAAUAAUUUUGUUAAUACCAUGAAAUCCUGGGGAAAUUCUAUCAAAAACAUAUUUACAGGAAGAAGAAGAAGAAUGUUGCUGGAAAGAAGAUGCGUAUCUAGCUGCCCAAUGUGUGACCAACUCGACAAGGACAAAUAUACUGUUGAACAAAUGACCACAAUGAUUUGCGGGCAAACAACUGUGUCCAGCCAGAAUACUGCUAUAUCUGAUAUAUCAUGGCUUAAAACUACAUUCAAUGAUACAAUUGAUAAUUCUAUCGUUACAAAGGUUGAUUACGAUACUUCAUCAGUUCAGUUCGUUAAUGGAGCAGUUGUAUUUAGUACUUCACACUAUGAAACAGCUGAUGGAGGCAGAAAUAAGUAUGGACAGAUCCUCAACAUUGGUAACAACACCGAAACUGGAAUUGGAAUCGCCAACGAAUAUUUCACAAAAAUAUUUGAUGCACGUAGUACGAGUUAGUCAUAUCAAUUAGAAAUGAUUAGUUGCAGAUAUUUUAUCUUCUUAUUUUCGGAACUCUACCUUUACUUCAGCAAAGGACAUUUUAGCUAGAUGCAAUAAAAAUAGUCACUGAU